CCUGAGUUUCUGACUACUCUAGGUUGAUGUAGAUCGACCCUGAUAAUUUGGGGGCAAAGGCUGCUUAGCCCUAUCCUAGGGACCCCAGAGAAAAUGUUGACUCUGWUUUGGGAAGCAUUGGGUAAGAGCUCUUGCUGUGUCCCGGGAAACCUGGGGCAAAGGGGCUUGGCCCUGUUCUCAGGGAGAACAAAAUGAAGGGACUGCCUCUCCCUGUACUUGAAGAACCCUGAUAGGAGCUCUCGGUCUUGUUUUUAGAGAGCCACGUGGGCAGUGAGAGUCACAGACAACACAGCAAGCAGGAUGGAGCACUACCGGAAAGCUGGCUCUAUAGAGCUUCCAGCACCUUCCCCAAUGCCCCAGCUACCUCCUGACACCCUGGAGAUGCGGGUCCGAGAUGGCAGCAAAAUUCGAAACCUGCUGGGACUUGCACUGGGUCGACUGGAGGGAGGCAGUGCWCGACAUGUGGUGUUUUCAGGUUCUGGCCGGGCUGCAGGGAAAGCUGUCAGCUGCGCUGAGAUUGUCAAGCGUCGAGUUCCAGGUCUGCAUCAGCUCACCAAACUGCGUUUCCUGCAGACUGAAGACAGCUGGGUCCCAACUUCACCUGACACAGGUUUAGACCCCCUCACAGUACGUCGCAAUGUGCCUGCAGUGUGGGUACUGCUCAGCCGGGACCCUCUGGACCCUAGUGAGUGUGGCUACCAGCCCCCAGGGGCACCCCCUGGCCUGGGCUCCAUUCCCAGCUCCAGUUGUGGCCCCCGACCCCGAAGAAGACCUCGAGACAACCGGUCCUGAAGAYCUGCUGAACCAGGCUGUUCUCUAGGUCUGAACAUCUGAGAUGGCUGUGCCUUUUCUGAGACCCCCCUUUGACUGCUCACCAUUCCCAACACAGCUUGGGUCCACAGAAGUCCUACUGCCCCUUCCGUCUGGCCUAUUGGAAGGGACUGCUAUGAAGAACACCAUGUGUGGGGGUCUCUGCUGAUUUCUGGAUUGUUUGAGAAGGGCUUUGCCUUCAGCCUACAGUACAUUUGACCUGCCUUCUAAUGGAGGUCUAGAGUUAGGAAAUAAAGGUUCUGCCCAUUUGUCAGAUGAACCUUGGCCUGCUGUGUGGAAGUGGGAGUAAAGGAAUAGAAGUCCCUAUCUUUUGCCCCCUGAGAGCUAAUAGGCUGGAUACAGAGAAAGAAUAGGCUCAGGAUGGUGUUGGAUCUAGUGAAUAAGAAUCUUCAAGCAGUGACCUGAAUCUAUGUAGACCCAUGGUUGGCUGUUUGCCACCUGCUUUGGGCUCAUUCAGGAAUUCUGCAAGCUCAGAUUUCUCCCCUUCUGCAGCAUAUGUUAUAGUGGGAUCAUGGACCCAGGCAUCAGCCUGUCUGGAUUUGAAUCCUGGUUCUACCACUUGAAAUUUACUGCCUUGUGAUCUUGGACAAGUUACUCUUCUGUGCUUUAGUGUUCUAAAUGAUAGUGUUUACCUCAUGGGGUUGUUUUGAGGAUUAAAUAAAGAGAGAUAAAUAUUUGAUACUUAGAUGACACUUGGGCAGCUAGUGCUAUAUAAAUGUUAACUGCUAUUAUAAUUGACUCAGUUCUUUCCUGUCUUAAAAAAAUGCCUCAG